UUUUGGGAGAUUUGAGCAUCUCGAGGAGCUGUUGUCACGAAGUGUUGGCAACACUGAAGAAGAGGUGUGAGCCGUGGAGAGAAACGUCAUAAAAGUUGCCUCAUUUUUUGGCUGAAAUUUCACAAUUUUUCUCUUGGUGAUAAAAUUGAUAUUUUCCGGUGGUUUUUGAGUCAAAUUGAGGAUGUCGGAUUGGGAUACGGUAACUGUGCUGCGCAAGAGGGCCCCAAAGGCAUCGGCCAUGAAGACGGAAUCGGCAAUAAAUCAGGCUAAAAGGCAGGGUCUUCAAGUUGACACCCAACAAAAAUAUGGUGCUGGUACAAAUAGGCAACAUGUUGCCACGAAAAAUACUGCCAAGCUGGAUAGAGAGACUGAGGAACUGAAACAUGAGAAAAUACCCCUGGAAGUUGGCAAGCUCAUCAUGCAGGGACGUCAGGCUAAAGGGAUGAGUCAGAAGGAACUGGCAACUAAAAUCUGCGAGAAGCCCCAGGUGGUCAAUGAAUACGAAGGUGGUCGAGGGAUUCCCAACAAUGUAAUCCUGGCCAAGAUGGAGAGGGCACUUGGGAUAAAACUCCGUGGAAAAGAUCGCGGCAAACCGCUCGUGCCUCCUUCGAACAAAUAAUUUCGCAGGAGGCAUUCAACAGAAAAAAAACACACAUUUCCUCAUCCAACAUCCCCUGACCUUUAACCAUUUUAAAAGAUCAUAACAGCUUUUUCCUGGACAAGAGCGGCCAAACAUGUUUUUUUUAUUAUAAUAUCCAGGAGGAUGUGGAUGAGGAUGGACUAAUGAUGGUAAAGAUGAGUUUUUUCAUUGUAGAUUUUUUUUAAUUUAUCCACAUCUCGUAAAAAUCUCAUUGUUGAACUUUAUUCUUUCUCAUCGAACCAAAUUUAAUGCUGCGAUUUUUAAUAUUAAACUUUGUAACUUCCCUCUGUGCAUUUCGGGUUCAAUCCCCUAUUCAAAGGAUUUGUGUUUUGGUCCUUAUCAGCCAAAAAGAAAAAAAGCUGCGCGAUAGAGAGCAACACAAUUCCUGAUUUGAAGCCAGAAUAUAAAACUCAUAAAAUCAUGAUAUUUAGUCGAUUUAGGGAGUAGUGAUCUUGGGAACUCUAGAGACCGCUUAAAAAACUGUCCAGAAAUAAGAUGAUUAUAGUUGAUCAUUUUUUUGAGUCGCUAUCAAUCUUGAUCUUAAUAUCAGUGAAUUUGUAAUUUCGAGAUGGAUCAUUAAAAUUCUCUAAAGUCUU